CUUUCGGAUCUUCCAGCGGUGUGGAAGGUACGGCAGAGCCAUGGAGAAGAAGUUACUAAACGUUGUAAUCUUAGUGAUUUGUGGAAUUAGUCUAGUUCAUGGUCAGAGAACAUGUCAUAGUUGCGAUUCGGCAACAGACCCGUCAUGUGCAACGCUUGCGAUUACACCUCUGCCUACCAAGACCUGCACUACAGCCACAGACUCUUGCGUCAGUGCAAUCAACGGAGAAAGGACGGUAAGAGGAUGUCUUGCUGAUGACUUCGGAGGAAUUUGCUCUGGCGAACUGUGUGAAUCUUGCGGUGCCAACAAUUGCAAUGCUGGCAUCUUCCCUCUGAACAGAGCACAAUGUCACAAGUGCGCGGGAGCUGAAUGCGCGGAAGUUACGAACAACGAUUACCUAACAGUCUGCGAGCGCUAUGUUGAAAAUGAUUCCUGCUACAGUGUUGUCGUUGAUGAAAAUCUCUUACUCACAUACCGCGGCUGCGCCUCAGAACCAACUACCGACGUAGGAAGACAAGAGUGCACCAGACUCGACGAACAAGGCUUCUGUGUAACCUGCACUGCAGCUGGUUGCAACAAUCAAGCGGCUAAGGCACCGUCUCAAUUAAACUGCAUGAAAUGCGACGGAGAUACUUCUUGCCGCUACAAACAGCCUGAGGACUUUGGCUUGCCCUGCUACUAUGAUGUCAUCCUUGGACGCACUGAGUACUGCUACAGCUACAUCGGCAACAACAACAGAGUGUCCCGAGGAUGUCUCGAUGACGAAUUCGUUGGGGAGACAAACUAUCGUGAACUCUGCGAAGCUAACCCUGAGACUUGCACCUUGUGCGCCUACAAUCUUUGCAACUACGAGAACUACGCUUAUCACACUUGCUUCUCAUGUGACGGUCACGACGAUCCUAAUUGCGACACCCUGGAUGGAUGGUAUGAGGCUCAGGAGUGCCCUGGAGGAACCAUAGAUCAAGUGGGAUGCUUCACAGCUACAACUGAUGGUGUGACAAUGAGAGGAUGUGUAUCACAGCUUCAUCCCGACGAAGUCACUUAUUGCAGCAACCCCCAAGUAAGCAGCUGCACUCUCUGCGAUGCUAAUGGUUGCAACGGGAGGCCUCCUAAGACAUGUAUCACAUGCGAUUCUAGUAAUGAUCCCAAUUGUGCAACUGUUGCUGAUCCACAAGCCCUGACCCAGUACAGCCAAGAAUGCUCAUCAUCCUCUGCUAUCUGUAUCUCCAGAAUUUCCAAUGGAUACACCCAACGUGGCUGUUCUGGAACAAUCUCCUGCACUUCUGGUAAUCCUUGCAUGCAGUGCGAUGGACCCAAUUGCAACAACGAUGUCCUGCCUACUGACCGUCUUAAGUGCCAUAAGUGCUCAGGAGCUAACUGUGCUGACAUUACGGAUAACACCAAUCUUGAAGUUUGUGAAAUGUACAACGUCAACGAUCAGUGCUUCACCGUCGUGACUGACGAAGAAGUGACCCACCGUGGAUGCUAUUCGGAUCCCAGCUCAUCCACAGCCAAAUCCGUUUGCACACAGCACGAAUCCGGCCAAGACAGAUGCGUUAAGUGCGAAGGCGAGGGAUGCAAUACUCAAGCCAUUAAGACUCCGGCCACUCAUUCCUGUGUCAAGUGCACAGGAGCUGGUUGUUCCGAAAAUCAGGACUCCACUCCCGGAGAAGCUUGCUUCGGUGAUGUUCUCUUGGGUCGCACCGAACAAUGCUAUUCUUACAUCUAUGACAACGGCAAUAUUCAGCGCGGAUGCCUGUACGAUCCAAGUACUCCCCAGGCUAUUAGUACGGAAUGCUCCAACUCCCCUGGAGGACGUUGCAAAGUCUGCGAUGGAGCCAAUUGCAAUACUGAGGAGAUAACUAUCACAGAAACUUGCUACUCGUGCGACUCUGAACUGAAUCCUGGAUGUGCCACCAUGACAGGAACCAUUGAGACCAAGCAGUGUCCCAUCGGCACUCUACUUGGCUGUUUCCGUUCCCAAGUUGAUGGUAUUGUCGUUCGUGGCUGUGCUGGAGAACUCGUGAGUGGUGAAAUCACUCUUUGCCAGCGCGGAGCUCAGUGCAAACUCUGCGAUGGCAACAAUUGCAACGAAAAAGUUGACUUCCAGCGAUGCUACAGUUGUAAUUCUGCUAACAAUGGAGCUUCUUGCUAUAACGCACAAGACACGGCAAAUCAAGCGACAUGCUCAGACUACAUGGAUUCCUGUAUUGUUGCAAUUGGUAGCAACGGCGAAACACUCAGAGGCUGCGCCUCUGCCUACUCUAGUCAAUUCCCUAUUUGCAGCGGCAGUACUUGUCAGAUCUGCCCUGAUGGCUAUUGUAACGGAGCCGUUUUCCCCGCGGAUCGCGCUCGGUGUCAUCAAUGUUCAGGAUCAGACACCUGCGCCGGGAGCUUGGGCUCGGGCAGCGACACUUUGCAGCUCUGCUCCACCUACACUCCGAAUGACCAAUGCUACAGUGUUGCUGCCAACCAGGAGAUGCACCGUGGAUGCCGUAGUGACUCUACCAAUGGCAACACUCACUGCAAUUCUGCCGGAGGCAGUUGUGUAACAUGCAGUGGUGCUGGUUGCAAUUCCCAGGCUGGCAGGAGCAAUCCUACUCUAUCCUGCGUGAAGUGUUCCGCAACAGACCCAGCUUGUCUCUGGGGCUUCGGCAGCAAUUCUGCACAGCCAUGCACAAACCAAGUAUGGCUGGGUUCCACGGAGUCCUGCUUCAGGGCCCAAACCAGCAGCGGUGCCAAUCGCGGUUGCACACUUGAUAAUCCUAAUCAGUGCCCAGACUCCAGUUCCUGCACAACAUGCUCUCAAAAUGGCUGCAAUACAGCUACAUUCGCGCGUCAGGAAUGUCUCAGGUGCAAGAGUGAUGUUGAAGGAGAGGAGAAUUGUGGUCCAGAACCAGACGAGUACAGCUCCACACAGUGCGAAGCAGGAGGCGAUGAAAGUUACGAAAAACGAGGCUGCUAUUUGCUUGUUGAUGAUGACGGUUUGGUGACGAGAGGUUGUGCUAAGGACCUCAGCGAUAGCUCGUUGGCCGAGUGCAAGGACGAUGACAACGAGUCUUGUCAAUACUGCGAAGACAAUGGAUGCAACAGAUGGGCAGGAGCUUCGGCUAUUGAGGCCAUCUCGUUUGGAGCUAUGCUUCUGAUUGCCGUUGUAGCAAAGGUCCUCAAUUAAACAUGAAGUUGUAAAUUGCU